AUGUGUAAAUUAUUUUUAAUAUCGGUAAUUUUAACAUCAAGCUUGUCUUUUGAAAAAGAUUUAAAUGUGGUUAAAUUCGUCGAAGAUUGCUGGGAAAAAUUAGUCGCUGAAGGAAGAACUAGAAGAGCACCGAACAGAGGCGAUUAUUAUGUCAAUUGCGCCAGAGUCCAAACCAGUGACGUCCUGGCAGAACGCGAGCAAUGUAAUAUGUACAACCUCCUCUACGAGCUAUUCUGCCCUAAAAGAAUAACUGCCGCUUUUAUGCCAAAUAAUGCCUUUCAAGGUGUACUGCCCUCAGGGCAGUGCCCUGGAGAAAAUUAA